GCUAAUGCUGUAUAUAUGGCUUGUGUCCAGGCUCUCCUGUGCCCAGAGAGAGAAUAAAGCCAUGUUGAAACUCUCCACAAUUCCUCAAGUGUUUUUCCAACUACCCGCCACUCGCCUGACUCCCCUUGGAUCUCAGUUAGAACCUGACAUUUGGCGUCAUGAACAGAUCCUGAGAUUUAGAAGCAGUGGCACCCUUCUUGUGGCAACAUUUGGCUGCAUAUGGUUGGGCCAUCAACAAAUCCAAGGUCCAAGGGCCUGGAUUAUCUGCGAGAUUCUUGGGAGUUAUCUGGUCAGAUACAAGACUCAAAGGAACCAUGGGGAGCUGAUAAAGUGUGGCACCAUCUCCCAGGGCAAAAGCCCUUGGUGUCUGCAUUGUUAUCCAGAGACGAAAGGUUAGACUGUAUUUUGCCUGAGGGACAUGAUUUAACUCUGUUAGUACCUGUGCCUGCUCUGUCAUUUCGACUGUAGGUUAACAUGCUCCAACUGCAUUGUGGACUGGGCCCACACCUUCACUGAGGUGACCAAUGUUUCCAACUGUUGGAUCUGCACCAUCCUUCCAGGAGCAGCUGCAGAUGGCUUGCCUUGGCACAUACAUUCAGCAUCUGCAGAGAAUUAGACAUGGCUGGAGACUUUGAGUCCCAUGGCCGACACCUGGAAUGCAACAGGGCAAGCUGCAGACAAAGAAUGCCGCAAGACCCAUAGCAUGCCUGUCCCAUCUUGCCUGUAGCAUUUAUGAUGGGAGGGGCUGGCUAGUGGGGAAAUAUGUAGUACCCCCAGCUCAGGGAUGGCAGUGCAUAGAGCAACACUGGGGUAACACCACUGUGGGAUGGCUACCCUGCAAGGCCUGUGUAAACAUAACACAUGUCACCACACCGAAGGUAUGGUGGAACAUGCGGCCCCACCCAAGGUCAGGCCCUGAUGGAUUUUAUGAUCCCUGGGAGUUUAUGGGUCAUUGAGGACACAGGGUGUCCUUACCUAGCAGCAGACUGGCCUGGACGUUGUACCUGAGUUUGGCCUUACGUACCUGGCACUCUUCUCCCUGCUUUGCCCAGAUGCCAGAAUAACUGGGAGGUGCUAUGCUCUCACUUUUUGUGAGUGUGACGAGGCCCCUAGUGGUUCUUCACCUUGGAAGUGACUAUCCCUGGAGUGGGUGUCAUAACUGUAAAAGCAGAAGUUACUGCUUUUGCAGAGCACACUGCUCGGGCUCUGAAUCACACCCGAGGGGCCCUCCUCCUGUUAAUGGAUGCAGUUGAUCAGAUCAGGAAGGCGGUGUUGCAAAACCGAAUGGCCUUAGACAUAGUAACUGCUGCCCAAGGAGGCAUCUGUGCCCUUUUAGGAACACAAUGUUGUACCUUUAUCCCUGACAGUCAACAGAACAUAACAGCAGCCCUUCAAGGGGUCUCAUGGGAGAAUAAGUUUCUAGGGAGCCUUACUGAUGAACCCCUGCAGAGAUGGAGGGGCAUCCCUAGGCUCUGGCCUAUGCUGGGCCCCAAUAGUUAUAAAUAGUGUAACUGGGAUCCUAGUAGCUUUUGCUCUCUGUAUUGUUGUUGUGGGUUAUAGAUUCAGGGCUCUGCCCUAUGGGCACAUGUCUCUGCCCAGAGGACACUCUUGGCCUAGGGAGUGGAGGGUAAGGAAAAUGGCUGCACUUUAGUCAGGAAUAAGCUGAGGCAGCCUUCCAAAGCAGCAUAACUCAGUGGGUUUGGAGCACAGGUGCACAGCCCUGCACAUUAUGUAACCACACCAUGUGAGGUGCAUUAGGUGAUCACACACGUGCGCUCGUGUUUUGCUCAGAACCACUAUUGUCUGUAAAAGGUAUAAUUACCCUGCUAAAGCUGUACAUAUGGCUCGCCCCCAGGCUCACUCAUGCCCAGACUCACUCGCACUUAGAGAGAGUAAAGCCAUGUCAAAACUGUCUACGAUUCCUUGAGUGUUUCUCCAGCUAACCGCCACUCACCCCACCAACUCCCCUGGGACCCCAGUUAGAACCUGACACCACCCCCUUUCCCUGUAAGAGGAGUGCAUUCCUGCCCACUGCCAUGCAGCUUUCUAUGUCCCCAGUGGGAGGCCCAUGCAUCCGUGUCCCAUCAGCUUUCAGCUUUGACCAAAGGAACAAAAGCAGACAUGACGGAGGCCACAUCCAAGUAGAAACUCUAAGAGGCAGGACAAGUGUCCACAGUACUCCUGGUCUUUCUGCUAUGGGAAUAGCAUAUCCCACUUAGGAAGCUGUUCCUUCAGCUUGAGUCCCUGAAUGGGAAACUGCUGCAGCCGAAGAGAGCUUCAAUCAAUGCAUAGCCUCCCUUUAAUAAACCUUGUGGUAGAAA